AUAAGUUUAAUUAUAUUUUUUAGUCUCAAAUUGAAUAUUAAAAUGCAUGCUCUGUAAUAUUAAUAAUAAGAAAUAAAAUAGAUGUUUUUAUUUGAGACAAUUGUUUAAUCUCAUAACCGACAAUAAAACAAUUAUUUCUGUCGUUUGAAGGUGCUUGUAUCGUUACGGCUUUUUAUGAUAAGACUAAUUUUAAUAAAAUAAAAUAAAAAAAAACAUGCAAGAAGACGAUAAAGUUCCUUUAAUUGGUCAUUCCACUCUUAAAGAAUUUACUCAAGAUAUUUUACAAAAAACUGUACAAUUGACGCAAUAUGGAAAUGCACUUGCAACCAAUUUAGAAAAUUAUGAAUAUUUUUCAAGUUUUCCAAUAUACUCUGAGUUUUGUUUGGAAGAAGGAUCUCGUUUAGUAAAUAUAAUUGGUGAACUUUUAAAACACCAUGGUGUACAAUGUUCUUGGUCUAGUCAAAAAAUAGACAUUGAAGAAAGAUUUGAAAGGUUAAUCGAUGCAAAUGAUGUGAUGCUGGAAACAAUUGGAUCAUUAUUAGAUGAAGCAGCUGGUUUGAAAAAAAAUAAUAAGCCAAUUCUUCCACCAACAUCUAUAUACAAACAAAGUUCUCCUGUUGUAUCCAGUUGGAAUAAAGACAAGAAUUAUAAAUCUGCAGCUAAAAGUGGUGCCUUUAAAUUGCUUUUAGCAAAAAAUAUUCAAAGACCUCAGUUAAAGUUUAUUAAUAAGAUUGAUAACAGUAAUAAACCUUUUGUUCCUUAUAUAAAGCAAAAACACAAUGCUAUAAAACGUGAUAUUUUGAGUGAUUUUAGGACUGAAAUAGAAGAUUUUGAAAGUCAUCCAUAUGCCUACGAACUUUCUAAGUUAGAACCUCAUGAUUGGCAAUUAGAGGAAGCUGAACCUUUAAAAUAUCCUAUGUUAGACACUACAAACCUAACAUAUAUUGACACAGAUGAAGGUUUAAACGAUUUAAUUAACAAGUUAAAAAAAGUAAAAGAAAUAGCAGUUGACUUGGAACAUCAUUCUUAUCGUUCUUUUCAGGGGUUUCUUUGCCUAAUGCAAAUAUCAACGCGUUUUGAAGACUUUAUCAUUGACACAUUGGCACUUAGAGAAGAAAUGUACAAGAUAAAUGAAAUUUUUUCAGAUCCUAACAUACUUAAAGUUAUGCAUGGUGCUGAUUCAGAUAUUGGUUGGUUACAAAGAGAUUUUGGAGUAUAUGUAGUGAACAUGUUUGACACUGGUCAAGCUGCAAGAACUCUUCAUGAAGAUCGUUUCUCACUGGCAUAUUUGUUGAGUAAAUAUUGCAAUGUAGAUGCCCAAAAGCAAUACCAGUUAGCUGAUUGGCGAAUUAGACCAAUCCCUAAAGAAAUGAUUCUUUACGCGCAAGAAGAUACCCAUUACUUAUUAUAUGUUUAUGACAUAUUGAGGAAUCAGCUGCUCAAUAAAGGUAAUGCAAACAAAAAUCUUUUAAAAAGUGUCUAUUCUAAAAGUACUUCAAUAUGUGCAACAAUGUAUCAAAAACCAUUGUUUAAUAAUGAUAGUUAUAUAGCUACAUAUGAAAAAUAUAGAGGUCGACUUAAUCCUCAACAGUUAGAGUGUUUUAGACUUUUGUUUGAAUGGAGAGAUAAAACUGCUCGUGAAGAAGAUGAAAGCAUUGUUUAUACCCUACCAAAUCAUAUGUUAUUUCAAAUUGCAGAAAAUUUACCGAAAGAACCACAAGGGGUCAUUGCUUGUUGCAACCCAGUUCCACCUCUUGUAAAACAGAGAAAUACAGAAAUUCAUUUGCUCGUUAUGUUGGCAAGAGAAUUCGAUCCUCAGAAAUGUCACCAGUCUAGUAACAAUACUAAUGAUCUGCAAAACAUUCAAAAUACAAAUAAGAUCAAUCUAAGUGAUGUUAGCUUAAAAUGUGGAUUUGAAAUAUAUAAGGUUACUGGACCAAGUGUUGAAUCAAAGCAGCCAACAAUCAAUCUUUUUGAAGAUAAAGUUUUUGAGGGUUAUAGCAAUCAAGGAAAGGCUGCUGCCAUCCUUAGUGCUCUUAUUAGUCCAUUUUUAGUGUAUUUACCAAAUAUUGGAAAAGAAAUUGUUGCACCAGCUGAAAUAAAUAAAGCUUGGGAAGAAGCGUGUAAAAAAGUAGAGGCUAUACCUGAUGUUGUUGAGCCUAAACCCAAUGUUGUUGAGCCAAAAAAAAAGAAAAAGAGACCAUUUAAUCAUGAUGCAGAAGAGAAAACACUUAGAGAGUUGUUACCAAAAAAGCAAAUACAGGACAUAUCAAAAGUAGACCAAAAAGUCAAAGUUUCCUAUGAUGAGACUGUAAAAGAAAAGGCAGAUUAUGUGCCUUUUGAUUACUCUGCUGUUGAUAUGAAAAGAUUUAUUAAUAAGCCAUCCAACUCUAUUCCUUUAGAUGCUUACCAAUCUCAGGAUGUUAAAAUCGGAAAAGUAAUAAAGACGGGAGUUCGUUCUAAGGCAAAAUCAAUGACUUUUAAGCAUUAAUAUUUCAAAAGAUUUUUAAUUUUUAUUGAGUUUUAUUGGUUUAGUUUUUAA